GACAGAACGUAACUCAACAUGCAAUGUCAUUUUAAUGGGACUCUGCUGAUCAGGGUGCUCCCUCCACUGCUGUUCACAGAGUUUUUUUUGGGAAUCCUUGGAAAUGGUUUUGCUCUCUGGAUCUUCUGCUUCCACCUGAGGCCCUGGAAGAGCAGCACGGUGUUACUCUUCAACCUGGCAAUGGCUGAUUUUGUCCUCAGUGUGGCUUUGCCUUUCCGUGCUAGCUACUACAGCUCUAAGAUUGAAUGGAUGUCUGGAGGCACUCUCUGCAACAUCUGCCUCUUCAUGUUUGCGUUGAACCGCAGUGGAAGUACCUGCUUCUUGAUGGCUAUAGCUGUGGACAGGUACAUGCGUGUGGUGCAUCCCCAUCAUCCCAUCAACUCUUUGAGUGUCUCCAAAGCCAUGUGUGGGGCUCUUGUACUGUGGCUGCUCACCAUCUCAAUGACAGCUCAUGUCUUCACUUUGCAACAUAUCAACACAACCUCAUGCGAGAGCUUCAUGAUUGAGACUGAACCCCAACAUAAUCAGAUCUGGCAUAAGUUUGAGUUUACCUUUGCCUUCAUUAUACCUCUGCUUGUGAUUCUCUACUGCACAAUCAGCAUUAUUCGCCACCUGAGAGGGAGACAGUUGGCCCAACAUGCAAAGAUUAAGAAGGCUCUGUGCCACAUCAUUGUAGUGGCAGUGCUCUUCUUCAUUUGCUUCCUCCCGAGCAACAUCAUGCACCUGGUGAUCUGGAUCAAGACCAAUCAACUAGCCAAAACCCUCCCCACAUCCCAAGUGUGCCCUGCCCUGGAGAACUUGACCACCGCAUUUUACAUCACCCUUAGCCUGACCUAUCUCAACAGCGCAUUGGAUCCUGUGGUCUACUACUUCUCCAGCUCUACAAUCAAGAACAUCUGCAGGAAAGUUCUUCAUCUGCCCCAAACAAAGACUGAUGAAAGUACGGAGAAGAAACCUCAGGAAACAGGCUCCCAGUCGCUCAGCCAGCUGUGAUCACAAAGCCACAGUCAAGGAAAUCACUGAGAUGGACUAACUAAUGAACUAACAUGCCAAAGCUGUGUUUGUGUUAAGUAAGUGCUACAGCAAGAUAUUACUUUUCUUAUACAGAAAUGCUACUACAUAUAUAAAAUAUUGCCUUAA